AUGGUGGGUGGGAAAGGAGGACCGCUCGUACUGGGGAUGGAGAAUUGGUUCGUCAAAUACAACUGUGAAACAAGGAGUAAUCAUUAUCGCCUCACUUCUGAUGCUUCUGGGAAACAAGAAGUCAGACAGAUUAAUGGCUUCACUCGUUUGGCAUCCUACAAGAAACCACCGGAAGUUACAAGAGGACAUUUCAAACCCUACAGCCCAGUAUUUCAAAGAAAAGAAAAAGCCAGAGAGAUGCCUGAAGAUAUCUGUCUCUAUGUGCCCCAUUGUCCUUUUCAGAGCAACACCAGAGGUUUUCCACAGACCCUUCCUGGGAAUGGGAUACUGGCUGCUGAUUUUUCUGAGCCUGAAGGUGACAUUGGGGCAUACACAGGCCAGGGCUGGAAGGAAAAAAACCAGAAAUACACCUCUGAACCAGAAAAUUUUAACAAGAAGACAAAAGUACUGUCAUCUUUGGAUUUGAAAGAAAAAGAUGACAAAAAUACAGGGCACCCUGAAGGAAAGCUUGAGAAAGAACUAAAGGAGACAAAAAAGAGGCUGGUGCUUUGUACUCAACAGCGACCCUUGUCGUAUGAUUCAAAUGGGGCAGAUUUAGGUGGAACCAGUCUGGAGUAUCGAAACAAAGGAGCAAUGGGGACUUCAGAGAAGAAGCAUGCUGACUGGAGAAAAGAUGCAUUCGAACUACGUGGUUGUCCUGUGCCUCUCUUAUCUGCAGAUGAUGCUCCAACAGCUUUGCCAUUUGACACAAAAGAUGCUCUGAGGAAUCCAGAUGCAGUUGCCAAGGAGCAUGCAGCUGGCCGGCCAAAAUCACCACUGAGGCUCAUAGCCAGUGCGAUCAAAAGGUCCAUUUUGGAGCCUCUAACUUCACCUCCAGAAGGACUAAAGCAGGACUCAGACAGCAAGGUCAAAGCCUCUUCGGAACAUGCUUUCUUCACCUUCCCCAGUACUCCUGGCUGUUCCUUAAGCCAAAGCAACAGUAACAAUAAUAGCACAAACAACACUCAGCCACAGGAGCUUAAAGUAAGGGAGUGGGCAGGAGAGUAUUUAAGAAAUGGGAGCCCUCGCUCCAAUUCAUCUCAUGUUUCUUUCGGCUCUGAAAAGAGAUCUGUAAGGGAUUACAGCGAGGAGGUAUCUUUCCCAGUUUACAGUUCUCACAUCAGGCCUUCCAAGAUGCCUCAGAUACCAUCUUGCACUAGGAUGGAGGAUGUCCCAGGACUCCUAGAAAAGUUUACCUUUAAAGAGACUCCCCCAGGAGCUCCUGUGGAUAACGUAUUUAUCUGUAAUGAGAAGUACCUCCUCCUUUCACCUCCAGAGCCCAAGAACACCCCCAAGGACAAUUUGGGUGACUCUGCACAGAAGGGUAGUCUCGGGUCACUCUUUGAUAGACUGCGAAGUAAAGUUCAUGACAGCGAAGGGAAUUCCUUUGUGUCAUCUCUGCCUGCCAUGAAAGACCGUUCUCCAGAAGACAGGCUACGUUAUCCUUCCACAGGGUGUGAACAGCUACCUGUCAGAAAACAAGCUGUGGAGUAUUCUACUUCUUCCUCUGAUGAUGAAUUUGUAUCCAAGCCUUCAUUAACACACAAGGCAAAAAGGACACUCCGAAGGAGAAGGAAGCUGGAGAAGGAGACAAAGCAAUUGAUUAAACAAGAGGAACUGAAGAGGCUUCACAAAGCACAG